CCCAUAUACACCCAAACUCUCCCACGGAGCAAUGCAUCCGAAGCGCGCACUCUCCCUUCCCCUCACUAUUUCCGCACUGAUCAAUAUAUAAUUUCCGCCAUAGGUCCGGGUUAUGAUUCGCGUUUGAUACUUCUGAUAUGCUCACCAAAGUCUCGGUGUCUGCCUGAGAAAGGGAGAGAGAGAAACACAGAGAGGGAGAGAGAUGAGAGGACCCGCAUCAUCAGAUGUUUAGCAGAUCCUCUCUCGCUCUUCGCCGUCAUUCCUGCUGUGCGGUUCUUGGUCUUUUUCCUCCCUACCGUCGGCCGAGUUCGUGACAUUGUUGCGGCUCUCGAUGUUGUAAUCCGGGGGAAUAUGUGAAGAUCAUGCUGGCGGUGUGGUGCUUCAUGGUCUUUGCUGCAGUGGGCGAGAGGCUUGCGGUAUCAGGUGUGGACAGGAGCCCAGUGCAGGAUGGAGGCAUCUGGGACUGGUUCACCCCGGCAGGGCAGCCGGACAGCGGGGACACUGCCAUCGAGGUCACCUAUCCAAAGCGGCUGGUCCAAAAGAUCGAGUCGGAGGGGGAAAUGGCUCGUGACUACUUGGAUACCAGGGUGAAGAACAGCACUGAGAACACUUUGCCUGUCCACUUGGCCCAGAGCUAUUUUCAAGUGGAAGCGUUUGGACACACCUUCACUCUGGACCUGGAGCUAAACCAUCACCUCCUGUCUUCAGAAUAUGUGGAGCGGCACUUUAACCAUGAUGGCAGACCCUCACAGUCGAUGGGAGGAGAGCACUGCUACUACCAGGGAAGGUUACGAGGUUUACCCGAGUCCUGGGCAGCGCUCUCCACCUGCCACGGCCUGUGCGGCAUGUUCUCUGAUGGCUUCUUCUCUUACGGUAUUGAGCCUGUUCAAAAUGGAAGCAAUCAGGAGGAUGGUGCUCACUUACUCCGCAGGAUGCCUGAUAUCAGACUUUCCCCUCACUGCACAGACUGUACAGAGGACAGUGAGUGGGAUAGCAGAGGAGGUGAUGGUGAUCACGACAGACCGGACCAAACCACAGAAGAGCAGGUGUCAGGGGGGCUGAGGCGAUCCAAGAGAUCUGUCCGCAAACCCUCUGUCCAGACUGAGACCAAAUAUAUUGAGUUGAUGGUGGUCAACGACAACGAAAUGUUUGUACAGCUGCGUCGCUCCAGCAGCCAAACCAAGAACUUUGCCAAAGCAGUGGUCAACAUGGCAGAUGCGAUCUACAAGGAACAGUUGAACACGCGGAUCGUGCUGGUUGCCAUGGAGACCUGGACCUCUAAAAAUAUGAUGCCAGUAAUGGAAGAUCCUUUGAUAACGCUGCAGAACUUCAUGAGAUACAGGAAGGACAACAUCAAAGAUCAGAGUGACCUCGUCCAACUUUUCUCAGGGCGUACAUUUCACAGUAGCCGCAGUGGGACGGCCUACACCGGGGGGGUGUGCUCUCUAACAAGAGGAGGGGGCAUCAACGAGUAUGGGAAUGUAGGAGCGAUGGCCAUCACUUUGUGCCAGAGUCUCGGCCAGAACAUCGGCAUGAGGUGGAACAACAUGCGCAACUCUGCAGGAGACUGCAGGUGUCCAGACGCCUGGCUGGGCUGCAUCAUGGAAGACACGGGAUACUAUCUUCCCAGAAAGUUCUCUCGCUGCAGUGUUGAUGAGUACAGCCAGUUCCUGCUCCAGGGGGGCGGGAGCUGCCUCUUCAACAAGCCAAACAAGCUGUUGGAUCCUCCAGAGUGUGGCAAUGGCUUCGUGGAGCCGGGGGAAGAGUGUGAUUGUGGAUCCCAGGUGGAGUGCGCCCGUAGCGGAGGAGCCUGCUGUAAAAAGUGCACACUUACCCACGAUGCCAUGUGCAGUAACGGACUCUGCUGCAGCCGCUGCAAGUAUGAGCAGAGAGGCGUGGUGUGUCGAGAGGCUGUGAACGACUGUGAUAUCCCAGAGACCUGCACCGGAGACUCCAGCCAGUGUCCUCACAAUGUGCACAAGCUGGACGGCUACAUAUGUGAUACGAGUCAGGGCCGCUGUUACGGAGGACGAUGCAGGACUCGUGAUGGACAGUGUAGGGGCCUCUGGGGUUAUAGUUCAGCAGACAGGUUUUGUUAUGAGAAGCUGAACGCUGAGGGGACAGAGAAAGGAAACUGUGGUCCGGGUCCUGAGGGCCAGGGCUGGCUGCAGUGCAACAAGCCGGAUGUUUUAUGCGGCUUCCUGUUCUGUGCCAACGUCACCAUGAAGCCAAAGUUCGGAGACCUGCAGGGGGAGGUGACCAGCUUCACCCUCUACCACCAGAACAAGUACUUGGACUGCAGAGCAGGCCAUGCUCUGCUGGAGGACGGCUCCGACCUGGGCUAUGUGGAGGACGGCGCCCCCUGCGGGCCCAACAUGAUGUGUCUGGAGCGACGCUGCCUCCCUGUGGCCGCGUUCAACCUCAGCACCUGCUCGGGAUCCACCUUUGGGCGCAUCUGCUCCGACCACGGGACCUGCAGUAAUGAAGUGAAGUGUAUCUGUGACAGGGACUACACAGGCAAGGACUGCAGUGUCUUCGACCCCAUCCCAGAGCCAACCGUCCCAACAGGCCCAGAGAAGAAAGGAACAUCCGGAGAGGAAGAUCUGGCGGAGGAUAAGAUGUGUCUGUCUCUCUGUCUGUCUGUCCUGUCUACUCCUGUCUUCCUCCUCGCACUGUGUCCUUUUCCACAUCAGAGAAGAAGGAAACAAAAAAAGAGUCUUCCACAUCUAAAAUUUCUCCAAACCUCUACUGAUUACCGUCUCCUCCUAUCGUCCGUCCUCCAUCCGGGCCCUGCGGAGCUCCAUUCACCAAACCAGCCAAGUCAGAUUAGUUGUGGCUGCUUCCAUCGUCGCCACCGAGGACUGUGUGUGGGCCCGAGCAGGGGGUCCGUCCCCUGAGAGACACCGGGGUCUUCCUCCAGUCUGGUGGCUCUUCGAGUGUGAUUCGGUGUCAUGUGCACCUCCUUUUGAACAGUCUGAUGAAGAACAUAUCGACGUCCAAUUUGAUAUCAGACUUGUCUUGCCUGCCUGUCUGGAUACAAAUGAAUCUGGCUACCAACUGAGUCCACAGCUAAAUGUUGGACAGACUGGACUUCUUUUAAUAGACUAAACUAAUGUAAAAGGAGCUGAAUGCUUUCUUUUGAAAAUGACCCAAGGCACAGUUCCUCAAAGGACAGGCCCUCAAAGUGGACAAUUGUCUGUUUUAAUCCACAAGUCUGGCACCAUGAAUUUGAAAAGAAAACACUGGACUGAUGUUAGCAUGUUUUCCAAAGAGUGGAAGGGCUAAUGUCAACCGAAGGCUCAAAAACCAGUCAGUCACUAGCCAGAUCCCAGACUGAUAACCGAGUUUAUGUUCAUCGUUAUUUGUUCUUUAAACUUGAGGCAUCUUACCUGCCCCCUUACGCAAGUUUUCAGGUACAAAAAGGGAAGCAAGGUGUCAUGGUUUUGGGAUCAUUUUAAAAACAACUGAACGUCAAAGCAGCAGAGACCGUAACUUAGUGUUUUCCAGCCGACAUACAUUCCACUUUUAUCUGUCUGUGUGCUCACCACUUUCAGACCCAACGUUUGUACCCUCUCCCAGGUCGGAUCUGUAUGUCUGUUCACAGAUGAAUGUACGCAUGUAAGAGAUUUUGAAAGAAAGUAAGAAUGUAUGUGUGUUUACAUUAGUGCUAGGGGCCGUUUGUGUCCAUGUACACUUUAACACUCCUCCUAUCACAGUAGAUUGGCAGGUUUUUAACCUUAGAAUAUCAUCUCUUUCUACAAACUGCUGUGGGCUGCAGCCAUGGAAGGCAGCACAUUAAUACAGAAUGAAACUGUUUUUAUUUAAUGUAUCUACAGAAAAUGAGCACUAGCCAACUGUAUGCACACUUAUUUGUAAAUAUGUGCAAGAAUGACUGAAUGCACUGUAUGAAGAUUUAUUUGAAAGCUAUGUUAAAAUAAUGAGUUGUAUUCUGACAAGACAUCUGCAGAUCUCUCCAAUAUUCAACAGUGUCCAUGAAUCUCUCACUCUUAUCAUUCCAGCUGUCCCUUAGAUGUCCAGGAUAUUUUGUACGUUUGUUGAUAGCCCUGAGCCCUGGGUGAACAGCUCCACCAAGAGGCUUUGUAAUGAUCCCGCUGUAAAUGAGAUUAAAGAGAUCUAGUGGGGGGGGGGGUCCAGGAGGCAGCUCGUCUGAAACUGUACGUAGGUCAGUUUGGUUCAUUUGAGCUUUGCACUAUGGCAGCUGCACUAUUGUGAUUAGAAAAUGUACAGCGGUAUGAAAUACAAUCUGUUUGAUUUAAAAGUUUAAGGUAAAUAAAAAAAAGAGAGGAUAAAUCGUAUCCCAUAUUUUUAGACACAAUCUUUUUGAAUUGAGACAAAAAGAGAGAAAUUAACUAAAGGCUUGUAGUUGAUUUGACAAUGAAGGAAAAUAAAAUACUGAAACAUUUACAACACACCUUCAUCUCUGGCUACCUUGCUUUUUUUAGGAGUUAAAAGUUCAU